GGCCGGCGAGGGGCGCGCCCGUGGCCGCGGCCGCUGCAUGGCGCUGAGAUGGCGGGGGCGCCGCGCGGCCAAGGCGGCGGCGGAGGCGCGGGCGAGCCCGGGGGCGCAGAGCGGGCGGCCGGGCCGGGCGGCCGGCGCGGGCUCCGGGCGUGUGGAGAAGAGUUCGCGUGCCCCGAGCUGGAGGCGCUGUUCCGCGGCUACACGUUGCGGUUGGAGCAGGCGGCCACGCUGAAGGCGCUGGCGGUGCUCAGCCUGCUGGCGGGCGCCCUGGCACUGGCCGAGCUGCUGGGCGAGCCGGGGCCAGCUCCCGGCCUCGCCAAGGGGUCGCACCCCGUGCACUGCAUCCUCUUCCUGGCGCUGUUUGUGGUCACCAAUGUCCGAUCCCUGCAGGUGCCCCAGCUGCAGCAGGUCGGUCAGCUGGCGCUGUUCUUCAGCCUCACCUUUGCGCUACUCUGCUGCCCCUUCGCGCUGGGCGGCCCCGCCAGGAGCUCUGCGGGAGGCGCAAUGGGGUCCGCGGUCGCCGAGCAGGGGGUUUGGCAACUCCUUUUGGUCACCUUCGUGUCCUAUGCCUUGCUGCCCGUGCGCAGCCUACUGGCUAUCGGCUUCGGGCUGGUGGUGGCUGCCUCGCACUUACUGGUCACAGCCGCCUUGGUCCCUGCCAAGCGCCCACGUCUCUGGAGGACGCUUGGUGCCAACGCCCUGCUCUUCGUGGGAGUGAACAUGUACGGCGUCUUUGUGCGGAUCUUGACGGAGCGCUCACAGCGGAAAGCCUUCCUGCAGGCUCGAAGCUGCAUCGAGGACCGGCUGCGGCUGGAGGAUGAGAACGAGAAGCAGGAGCGGUUGCUCAUGAGCCUCUUGCCCCGGAAUGUCGCCAUGGAGAUGAAGGAAGACUUCCUGAAGCCCCCUGAGAGGAUUUUUCACAAGAUUUAUAUCCAGAGGCACGACAAUGUGAGCAUCCUGUUUGCAGACAUCGUGGGUUUCACGGGUCUGGCGUCCCAGUGCACGGCCCAGGAGCUGGUGAAACUGCUCAAUGAGCUCUUCGGCAAGUUCGACGAGUUAGCCACGGAGAACCACUGUCGCCGCAUCAAGAUCCUUGGAGACUGCUACUACUGUGUGUCGGGCCUCACCCAGCCCAAGACUGAUCACGCCCACUGCUGUGUGGAGAUGGGACUUGACAUGAUCGAUACCAUCACGUCCGUGGCUGAGGCUACCGAAGUGGACCUGAACAUGCGUGUGGGGCUACACACUGGCAGGGUCCUCUGUGGCGUCCUGGGCCUGCGCAAGUGGCAGUACGACGUGUGGUCUAACGAUGUGACCCUGGCCAAUGUCAUGGAGGCUGCUGGCUUACCAGGGAAGGUUCACAUCACAAAGACGACCCUCGCAUGCUUGAAUGGGGACUAUGAGGUAGAGCCAGGUCAUGGCCACGAGAGGAACACCUUUCUGAGAACCCACAACAUCGAGACCUUCUUUAUUGUGCCAUCCCAUCGGAGAAAGAUAUUUCCAGGCUUGAUUCUCUCGGAUAUCAAACCAGCCAAGAGGAUGAAGUUCAAGACUGUCUGCUACCUGCUGGUGCAGCUCAUGCACUGUCGGAAAAUGUUCAAAGCUGAGAUCCCCUUCUCCAACGUCAUGACCUGUGAAGACGAUGACAAGCGGAGGGCCUUGAGAACAGCCUCGGAGAAGCUCAGAAACCGCUCGUCUUUCUCUGCCAACGUGGUGUACACAACCCCGGGCACGCGUGUCAACAGGUACAUCAGCCGUCUUCUUGAAGCCCGCCAGACAGAGCUGGAGAUGGCCGAUCUAAACUUCCUCACCCUGAAGUACAAACACGUCGAACGAGAGCAAAAAUACCACCAGCUUCAGGAUGAGUACUUCACCAGCGCCGUUGUCCUUGCCCUCAUCCUGGCUGCCUUAUUUGGGCUUGUCUACCUUCUGAUAAUCCCACAGAGCGUGGCUGUCCUGCUGCUGCUGGUGUUUUCUAUCUGCUUCUUGGUGGCCUGUACCCUGUACCUGCACAUCACGCGGGUCCAGUGUUUUCCAGGGUGCCUGACGAUCCAGAUCCGCACUGCUUUGUGUGUAUUCAUAGUGGUCUUAAUCUACUCAGUAGCUCAAAGCUGUGUGGUGGGCUGCCUGCCCUGGGCCUGGAGCUCUCAGUCCAACAGCUCCCUUGUGGUCCUUGCAGCCGGUGGCCGGCGCACUGUGCUGCCUGCCCUGCCCUGCGAGUCUGCGCACCACGCCCUGCUCUGCUGCCUGGUGGGCACCCUCCCCCUAUGCAUAUUCCUGCGGGUGUCCUCCUUGCCAAAGAUGAUCCUGCUCUCCGGGCUGACCACUUCCUACAUCCUUGUCCUGGAGCUCAGUGGAUACACCAGGGUUGGGGGUGGUGCCCUGUCUGGGCGCAGCUAUGAGCCAAUCAUGGCUAUUCUGCUGUUCUCGUGUACGCUGGCCCUGCAUGCCAGGCAAGUGGACGUCAGACUUCGACUGGACUACCUCUGGGCAGCGCAGGCAGAAGAGGAGCGAGACGACAUGGAGAGGGUGAAGCUGGACAACAAGAGGAUCCUCUUCAACCUCCUGCCAGCCCACGUCGCACAGCAUUUCCUCAUGUCCAAUCCCCGGAACAUGGACCUCUACUACCAGUCCUACUCCCAGGUGGGCGUCAUGUUCGCCUCCAUCCCCAACUUCAAUGACUUCUACAUCGAGCUGGAUGGCAACAACAUGGGGGUGGAGUGUCUGCGGCUCCUCAAUGAGAUCAUUGCUGACUUUGAUGAGCUCAUGGACAAGGACUUCUACAAGGACCUGGAGAAGAUCAAGACCAUUGGAAGUACCUAUAUGGCCGCGGUGGGGCUGGCGCCCACAGCAGGAACCAGGGCUAAGAAGUCCAUCUCUUCCCACCUGAGCACUCUGGCAGACUUUGCCAUCGAUAUGUUUGAUGUCCUGGAUGAAAUCAACUACCAGUCCUACAACGACUUCGUUCUCCGAGUCGGCAUCAACGUCGGCCCUGUGGUGGCUGGAGUGAUUGGUGCUCGCAGGCCCCAGUACGACAUCUGGGGAAACACAGUCAAUGUGGCCAGUCGGAUGGACAGCACGGGGGUCCAGGGGAGAAUCCAGGUGACCGAGGAAGUCCACCGGUUGCUGAAGAGGUGCUCAUACCAGUUUGUGUGCAGAGGCAAAGUCAGCGUCAAGGGCAAGGGAGAGAUGCUAACGUACUUUCUAGAAGGCAGGACUGAUGGAAACAGUUCCCAUAGCAGGUCCCUUCAUGUGGAACGAAGGGUAUUUUCUUACGGGAGAGGCGGAGGCCAGGCCAGACGGCCUCCACUGUGUCCUGCAGCUGGACCUCCAAUCAGACCAGGGCUCCCCCCAGCCCCCACUAGCCAAUACCUGCCAUCCACAGCCGCAGGAAAGGAAGCCUAGUGGAGCCCAUGGGCCACUGGAGAUGCAUGCAAGGCAAGAAUGCUCCAGGGUGACACAAGCCACCAUGGCUCUAGCCAGGACCAGCCAGAGGAGCGGUUGCCACGUGGCUGGUCUGGAGAAGAAGCACUGUCUAGUGUGUGGCCUAAGGCCAAGGAGAGUGGUGCCCAAGGCACCCCUUGGGGCAUACAGAGAUCUGUCUCUUCCUAGUGACCUGGUCAUGCCUGGCUAGUGUUGGCAUUGGUGGUGGGACCUUGGGGAAUAUCUUUCACGGUCAUAGCAAAAGCUGCAGGGGUCCAGCUGGCAGAGGAGCCCACCAUGACAAGUCAGCCUGGCUUAUGGGUGGCUCUGGCUCUGGUAGGCCCUGGCUUAUGGGUAACUGCAACCCUGGGUAGCAGCUUCAAGUAUGAUUGCCAGACUGGGAAGUUGGCCCCGCUGGGCAGGGCCAUGACAGUUGAGCUGUUCAUACCAUGGGCACAGCAUAGAGCUGGUCAGAGUCUUGGUCAGGACAGUCCAGGAAGAAUUGAAAAGCCACCUCUUGCUGCAUGAAGAGUGAGGUUGCUGGCUUUUCCUCAAGAGUAGGCUUUUGCUAACAGCCAGAGGCAGGUCUUCUGGGAUUCUCAGGAGGCCCUGCAGCCCCACUUCCGUCCUCCUGGCCUGAACCCCUCCUACCUGCUGGUUUCUGACUGCUGUGACAGUGGGCCUUCCUCUUCCUGUGCCAUUACUGGGCAUUCAGAGGAGAGGAGUGUGUGCUGCCUUGCCUUCUCUGUGGUGUCCUGGACACGUACGUUCAACAAGAAUCAAGCCUUCAUUCAUGCUGAGAGUGAUCGACCCACUGCGCCCCGGAGCACGUUCCUUGCUGGAAGACAUCAUUUCUUAGGCAUAACCAGCCCUCCUCUUGGGGGUUUCAGACAUGGCAGUGUGUGCAUUCCUGAGUCCAGGUGUGGGGUCGCUGCUACAGAGUGAAGGGAAAGAGUGUUCCUUUUGACAGACACCUGGGCCUCCCACCUGUGCCCCCACGUGACUGCAGCUGAGAUGAAACCCAUGAGUGUGGGGGACAAGAUUCUGGAAGAGCUGGUAGGAAGCAAUUGGCUAUAGAUAGCUGGAUGAAACCUACCUUCUGGAGAUAUUCAGCCCCACCCUCAAGAAGGGAGGCAGUUUCAAACAGGGCAGAUGGUCAUGCCUCCAUGCCUGCACCUGGCUGUAGAGGCCCAUCUCCUAUGGAUCCUCAAGGGCUUUCCCCUUCUUAGGGUCCAGUCUUUCUUAGAAUAGGGCAGAGCAAAGCCUAUGCUCCCCAUGGCAGGGCAUACAUGUGGUGUCCCUAGCCCCCAACUCUGUUCUGGCUCAGGUGUGUGGCCAUGUUGGGACCUGGGUAGUUUCACAGGUCAGCCAGCGCCUAUCACUGGGAGACUUGAGGCUAGACUCAGGUCACAUGUGGGUAGGAAGCAAGCCUCGAGCCAGGGAGAGCUGGAGGCUGCAUGCAAAGUCUCCAAGUACCCGAGACUGUAGGCUGAGCUGAAGGUGCCCUAUGAUUGGGGUGGGCAGCUGUGAAGAUUGCACAUUCUAGUGGGCUCGUCUGGAGCUUUUGGCUGGUGGUAAUGAAACCCUCUGGCACUUUCUGCAGAGGAACUCUGACCUAUACCCACCCUGCUUUGUUGCCUUUCUCAUUCUAUCGGGCAGUAUGGUAUGGCCAUUGUUUGCUGCCUUUUUGUGACCCUGCUCUGGCUUGAACCCAGAGCCAGGGCCAGACUGACCUCAGCACUCCACUGCAGCCCGUGGAGAGCAGGUAGCUUCUUCCCCUUCAGGUGGUCAUGUCUGGUCCCUGUGGUUUGGUAUUUUGGUGUAACCGUGUUGGGACAGUGCUGCCUCCAGUGUAGCUGAGGGCAAGGGGGGAGGCUUUUGGUUUUCCCCGAUGGUCCCAGAGACUAUCAGAGAUUGCAGUUAUAGGAAAGCUUCAAGCUGUUGGGGGUCUCUGAGAAGGGGCAGAUCCAUCUGAGCCAGAACCUGGCUGGGGCUUGCAAGUACUCACUCUUUGCGGCUCCUGCCCUGCCUGCUCCUAUGUUCCCCUGUCCUUGGGACAAAUGGCUUCUCCUCAUGGGCUUCUUCUUUACUAGGACUUUCUCACCUGUCUGUCUGUCUUAAGCACAUUUGAAGCAGUCAGCUCAGGCAGGAGCACCUAAAGCAAGUGAGUACAUUGUGGCCCUGGCUCUACAGGCUGUGAUGCUGUCCCUGGCCUCCUCGGCCAUUGAGGAGGGCAGAGAACCUCUCGCAUAGCCUGGGGUUCCUCACAGUAACUUCUGAGCCCCAAGAGCUACUGCCUCCCUGGGAUGUCCAGGUUAGGGACAGAGGAGUGGUUCUCCAAGAUACCCACGUGAUAGCCGGAAGCCUUGUGUGUGUCCUUUGCCACAGUCAAGGAGCUUCACAGGGGGACUUAGGGUAGGUAGGUGCUAAGGGAUGAGAAAGGAUCCUAGACUGCACCGAUGAGGUUCAUGCAGACACAUGGCUGCUCAGAAGUAGACGGAUGGACAGGCUGGGAAAGAUAUGUGGUGUGUUCAGGACUAAGUGCUCAUUGUUGACUUGAAGAUUGAGGACAUGAAACACACUGAAGAGACUUAAGAGGCAACACAAGUCCAGCCAGCGAAGAAACCAGGACGUCACUCCCACAACCGCAAGAAGCUGAGAUUGCCAACAGCCUGAGUAAGUAACAGACAGACCAUCAGAGCCAUCAGCGUGGAGCCCAGCCCAGUGACACCUGGAUCUAAUCUAUGAGACUCUGGACAGAGCCAGCCUAGGCCUGUAGCACUGCAGCCACAUGAGAGAGUGCAAAGUCACAUGGGUGCAUUGCAUGGGCAGAGCCACCUAAGGUGUGGUCAGAGCAAGAGAAAGCAACCUUAGAGGAUGACAUUGCCUUCUCCAGGCACAGAACCAUUCUGAAAUAGACCACACAGGAGCCUCAGUUGGGUCUCUUCUUCAGGGGUGACAUCUCCAUCAUCAGCAAUUCCAAACCUGCCUACUUCCUGUGAGGUCAGGAACCACACGUGCAGCCAUAAUGUUCCUUGGGGUUUGGUGAUAAACAACUCUCUUUUUAUUUGUGAUAAAAAUGUAUGAUAUUGCCUUAUUUAUUUUUAAUCUUGUACAGUAUUCAUGUACAAAAUGUUAGAGCCAUUUGGGUAGGAUUCUCUCCAAAUUAUUUAUUUUAAGAUGCUCUGUAAAUAGUGCACCAGUUACAGGUGCUUCUUGUUCACUUGUACCAAAAAUGAGGAAAAGCCUGGCGCCCACUUCAACCCCUGCUUGUGAUGCUGUGGCCCUUGGGAAAUGACCCCUUUGUGUUCCCUUCCCAACCCUAGCAUGCCUCCCGUGCCUGACACUGUAGAGUAGAACACAGCCCCAGAAUGCUUACAGAUGCUUCCAUGGGCUGUGCCAACCUGGGAUCGUCCACUCCUGGAGUGUCCAUACCUGCAGGUGUAUGUCCCCACGCACCCAGCAACCCAGUUGUUUCUCAGACUCCAAAGCCACCAGGGCUUCCGGACCCCUCCUGUCAUAGAAGCAAUAACCAUAACUCAAUACUGUAGAGGCAAGUCUGGCCCAAGCAGAUUGAUACUUCAGAAACUAUCCAUGCAUACGAGCUUGCUGUAAAGGACUGACAUUCCAGGCUCCACCCCUCCCAGAAGGCUCCACUCUAGCUUCUUGGUUCCUAGGGACAGGACUGGUACAUACACCAGAUAGCUGAACAGACUUAGCCAGCCACCAGCCCUCAACACUAUUGCUCAUUAAGGAACAAAGGUGAGGGCAGCCAUCCAAUCCUGUGUCUGUACCUAACCUUGAGUUGUGAAGCUUUCUGUGACUGCGGGUAGGUAGUAAUGACUUGAUUCAGCGUUGUUGGCAUUUCAAGGCGCUCGUGGAAAGCCGUUUAAAGAAAGGCACAUAUUCAAGGUGGCACCUCUCCCCUUUCUCAGCACAGUCUUGCCGGGAGAAGAGCCCUGGAUUAGAGAGAGGGCUCCUGAGGAUCUAACAGGAAAUGACUAGGAAGGGAGCCCUGAUUAGCAUAGAGGAUUCAGGCUGUGGGCUUGGCUGGCAGAUGUGGAUGGCCUUCAGGGUUCACAGUGUAUUUAUGUGAGGACUCUUGAGGCAUUGUUUAACAGCAGCCUUCAGAGACUGUGUAAAUUAAACUCACUUUAAUGGGCCGGGUAAGACAGGAACAGUUUGAAUUGUGGAAUCAGGGAAGGUUUCACUCAAUUCUUCCAGCUCCCAGCAAGGUACGUUCUAGGGCUCUCCCAAGUCCCAGGGAUCUUGUUCACAGCCUGUACAGAGCUUCAGUCAAUGGUAUGGGGGGAUUUACAGAGCAAGUUUGAACCCUUCACAGUGAGCGUAAUAGUGGCAGGGAAGGAACAUUCCUACAAACACUGCUGCAGAAGUGAUGCUGGUCUCCUACAUCCUUAAGUGACUGCAUGUACAUAACCACCGGAAACUGACUUGCUCAUGGUUUUCAAAGGCUUCAACUUUGAUAGAGUGUGUUUGGCUUGUUAAAAUUCAUAAAGAGCAAGUCUGGCAGCUUGGAUGUUACGUGGGCCCUGUUAUCUCACUUCUGUGGCUGUGAUUGGCGUUGUAUGCAUGUAUGUAUGUUGUAUGUCUAGUGGGCUUGAACCCAAAGCUCCUCAUUUCCAUUUACAGCUGCAGGCUUGGCAGCAGGUCAGUGGUUAAAAAAGUGUGUGUGUGUGUGUGUGUGUGUGUGUGUGAUAGGGACUCCCAUAGUUAGUUUGUAUUCCUGGCUCCGUAGGCUGGGGGUGAGAAAAGCUGCUUGGGGUAGACUUCAGGGAUCUUUUUGGUGAUGCCAUGGGACCUGGAGUUCAGAAGGCAAAAUUGGAGCUGCCCUCAGCUGGCUGGGAAUAGGAAGGUAAUCUCCUUGCUUCAGGCAGAAGGAGGCCUCAACCCAGGAGAUGUUCACAGAUGAGAUGAAUAAGGUAGAAAUUCAUAGAGGCUCUUUGGCCCUAAGCAACUCUUGGUGUCUAUGUGCUCAACCAGUGCCACAUGGACUGAGACCAGUGUGGAUAAAGAGACACAGGCCUAGAGCCCAGGAGCCUUCCUGGGGGAAGGGAGAUGGUGCGUGGCCUGGACAGAGGAUACCCUCCUGGGGAAGAACUGAAGGACAUAUUCAGGGAGGCUCCUGCUGCUCACUGGAAGGAAAAUUCUGAGGAGUCAGGUGAUCUGGGGUGGCCUAGCCCGCUGCUGGCUGCUGUACAAGGUAUUCUUCCUGCCUGGAGGCCAUCUGUGCUGCUCUAUGGACUGGAGGCAAGGAGGGUGUGUCAUCAGCUGUUUCACAGGGUCUCGUACACAGCGAGUCAGGAGUCAGGCAAGACAGGUGUGUUGGCAGCCUCCAGGAUCUGCCUCACUUCCAAGGAAUCAGAGGGCACUUUGGAAUGUAUCUGGGAUCCCCGACCUUGCCCCCUAAGUUCAUUCCUUGAAAAGGCAGGCAAAAAUAGGCUAUGAGCUUUUGUCAUUCUAUGGUCCAAUCUAUAAACACUUCAGAUCCAACUUCAAGUGCCACUGUCACUGAACAAUUAUCCAGUAAACAGGUCAUUAUGACGUGACCAAGACGUUUGGACCUUUAAGUUUUCUUGCCAUCUUAAUCCAUUCUGUUCCACACAUACCAGAUCUGUUCAGUAGCUUGAAAAGCAACAGCAGCAAACUAUUCCGCUGGAGGCCCCACUUAGUUCAAAUCAAUGUGUGUUCCUGUGCCUGUGUGUAAACAUGUAUGUGUGUCUUCUACAAUUAAGAUGACUUGCUGAAGGAACAGCAAUACUGUUAGCUGACUGUCAUUUGGGACACUAAAUACCCCUGCACCUGCCAGCACCUUCCCUGGGGGGGGGAUGGGCACAUAUCCCUGGGCCACGGUCCCUAAGGACUGCUAAGUCUCUUCUGCAGAAGGACCUCUAUAAUUGCAUUGUUCUGGUUCAGGUACAUUGAGAAACUGUUGCUCCUAUUUCAUUUGUCUUACUGGUUUGAAUGUUUGGGUACCUGUGGAGUACUGCGCAGAGAUGGCAGGUGAGCGUCUAUCAGAACUCUGAGGAAGGAGCACAGUGCCAUCAACCUCAGGUGAAUGAGCCUUCCCCUGCUCUCCAAGGUACAGGAGCUGUUAAGGCCAUGCCUUCUACCUGGUGUGUCCGCCACUGCCUAUCUGGGCUGUCCACCAGGAAGAACAAGAUUCACGAGUCUGUCUUGGGUUAUGGUUCAUAAGUGGCUGGGGAAAAAAGUCUUAAAAUUGAGAAAAUGGACCACGGUCAUGCCACAUACUCUGUCCUGACAUGUGUUAGUCAUUUAAAAUCUAAUGAACGUACGGAAUUUUCUUUAUUUGGGAGCCUUUGGCAUGAGGGUACAUUGAUCAAACAUCCAUUACUGGAACUCCCAUCUAGCUUUGCAAUUCCUGGGCACCCUCCGUGGGCUCCACAUCCAUGAAGUUCUCUGUAGAGCAAGUGGUUGAUAGUACUUAAUACACGUUCUGAGACUACAACCCAGAGACGGAAGGGCCAGGCCUCAAGUCUCCAUCUGUUCUAGCUAAGAAGUGUGUUUUCUGUUACUGUUAUGGUCUCUGCUAAUCAAAGUGAAAUCUGGAAGAACUGGGUUGGUGCUGAUGCUCUUGUCUGUACAGCAGUGCCUACUGUGGUGAGGGCACCUCUCGGAGGCUGGUCCCUUGUGGGCAAGGCUUGCUCGCACCCAAUUUUGGAGCAUGUGGCCAAGUGCUAUUCGGUUCUGUAGUCCUUAGCUUCUUGUUGCUAAAUUGGGGCAAUUUGAUUGCCUUCCCAUCAGCUACAUUCCUUUAAACUUGCAGAUACCCAGCAAGAAAUUAGAACACCUGGCUUCAGCUUUGUAGUGUCCUUGGUAUUUUAAAACUUUUUGAAACAAAAAUAGUCAUAGUGUCUAGUGGAAUCCUCUUAAACCACUCCUUUCUGAAAGGCCUGACAUCAAGUAGGGACAGGGCUGUGGCACUCCUGUAGGACACAAGCCACAUACUCUUUCUCCCCUCCACCCAGCCAGCCUGGCUGUAGUCACAGCUCUUACUGUCAGUGCUCUACAACCAUUUCUAUCAUAUGCUUUGGGCAGGCACAGCGGUGAGGAUGCCUUCCCAGGAAUUAAAGGGGAGUUUAGAGAGAGUUCCCCAGAAGUGCAUAGAAAGCAAGAAAGGAGUGAUGAUGGAUGGCAAGAAGCAUGGCAGCCUCCCGAGUACAGGAUACCCACAUGCCUUCCAAGCAUUGGUUCCUGCUGAUGCCAGGCAACAUCCAGUUCUGAGACACUGGUUUCCAAAUACUUCCAGCCACUCGCUAAGAACUGGUGUUUCAGUGGAGAUGCUAUCUGAGACUGACUCCAGAGAUCUCUUGGAUUUGAUUAAUUUCUAGGGCUGCCUGCAUGAACAGUUGCAGGCCGCUAGAUCUGCCUGUGGGUGGUGACCCCCGCUCCAUGGCACCGCAACGGGAAGUGGGCCUGUCGGCAGACAGAACCUGUUUCUCACCUCCCACCAGCAACCUCCACUCAAUCCCAGACCCCAGGCACAUGAAGCACAAGUCUCAGGGGACCGUUCCCAUGCUGUGGGGAGCUCAAGGAAGCCCCCAGCAUCUCUUGCAUACACCACUGGCAGUGUGGGCACAACUGGCCACCGGGAGCACACAUGCCCGGGGAGGCCUGCUAUGUUGCCUUUGUCCCUUUUAAAAUUGAGUAUAUGCAAGCCAUUUGCACUACGGAAUUGCAUGCCAUGGGAUUCCUAAUUGUGUGCACCUUAGUUUGAAUAUGACAUUAUGUAGCAUGCACAAAAGAACGGAUGGGCUUGGGCUUGUCCUCCGGUCACUCUUGCUGCUUGUUGGGAGCACAGCAUUCCUCUCAGCCAAUCCCAGGUUUUGUGGAGCCCGUGUGACUCCAGCAUUCACUAUCCAGUGUCUCCCUUCAGCCCAUGCUUCCUUUCCCGCCAUCCUCUCACUUAAGCUGAUUGCUCACCAAUUUGCACAAAUGGGAAUGUUGUUAUGAUCAUUAUCUUAGCAGUAAUUUCAUCUUGAUUUAAAGUAAGCCCAAAGCCCACUUCUGGAUUAAAAAAAAAAAAAAAAAAAAAAAAAAAAAA